AUGCUGAACAAGUUUACUCUUUAAUUUAAGGAUUAACUACUUGAAGAAAAAUAUUAGGAUUACUAAUUAAUAUCAAAUCGAUUACCGCUCUUUAAGCAUUUAACUCUCGGUCUUACUUUAGCUGGGAUAGUGCGUUUAUGCUAGAUAUUAAUUUAUGGUGGUUCAGUUAUAUGGUUUAUACCUGUUCUUUUUGUAAUUGGUGUCAUAUCUUUAGGGGCAUUUUUUAUAAUAAAAAAGAAAUAUAUGCGCAUUGCAUUAGUACUCAUUAAUCAUUUGAUUAUAAUAACUUCAUUGGAAGUUGACAACGAAUGUUCCCCACAUUAUUACUAUUUAAGAGGAGCAAGUAUGAUGUGUAUUCAUCUUGUUAUUUUAUUACAAAGUGAAUUCGUAGACGCCUUUUUUUCACUCAUCAUAAUCACUUCAAUUAGAUUGCUUACGAUUUUCCUUUAAGAUUCAAUAUUUCCUUAUCCAUCAAUAAUAGUAGCAAUCCUAUUGAUAUUUUACCUAUUAUAUAUUAUCUACAAAAAUAAUCUUGCUUUUAGAUCACAAUUUCAAUUAUCAUGUUUGGACAAUUAAUGGGAUUAAGUAAUUACAACUCUAAUUGAUGACCCCUAUCUGUUAAUUUGUUUCAACGAAAACAAUUUAAGCUUUAAGUAUAAGAAAUCUAAUAAGUUUUAAUUAAAUUGUCAAAAUGAGCUUGAUUUAAAAAUAUUUUUAAGAAACACUAAAUUAAAUGAGGGGAAAAUUAGUUUAGAAUAAUUCUUGUUUAGGAGUAUUCAUGAUUGUAUAUUUGGAGAUACAAAUCAAUAGCUAAAAAAACAAAUAUAAAUAGUUCAUGAAAAAAAAGAAUUCACUCUUUAAUACUCUAUUUUUCUGGGAUUUUAACCUUUAAUCUUGAUCUAAAUCUUAAAAUUUUCAAAGAUCCAAAUAGCUGAGGAUAAAUAAUUCACAAAAUUAGAAAGUUCUUAUUAGUUCAAAUAUAAAAAAUUAUUAAAUAUUGUUUAUCAAAGACUAAAUAAAAUGAUUAAAAAAAAAUGUUCUUUCGUAAUCAUACAUUCUAUGUAUAAGCAAAUAUUGUAUUUUUAUUUAAAGGAACUAAGUGAAUAAAAUUCUCAGUAAAUUAUUUACACUUUUAAACUUCAAAGCGUAUUAAAGAAAAUCAAGAUGAUUUACAACAAUAGAUCCAUUUAGAUAUAAAAUUCAAUAUCAUCAAGUAUAAUGGGGAAUAAAUCUGUCUUAUGUUUGGUUCUCAUAGAUGUAAUUGAAUAAUUAACUACAAAUUAUAUAAAAAUCACUUGUUCUUAAUUAAAUGAAAAUGAUUACUAAAUAAAAAUAGAAGGUGUAGUAAAUGAGAAAGCUUAGAAUUUCAUAUUCAAAAGACUAAAAAUGUAAGAAUGGUUUUUCAAAAAAUUCACAAUUGAUUAGUCAUGUAAUAUAUAUUUAAUAAAGUUUUUUAGGUAUCAAAUUAAUUUUUUGGAUUGGCCUACCUGACAUUGAAGGUUAAGAAAUAACAAAAUGA